AGCCGGUUGACAGGAUUCCGUCUAGGGAGCGGUGGGCCCUGCGUGAGCUGAGUGGUGCUGCGUGCUUGAGCCGGGUGCGUCCUUUACCCUAACGUGAAACAAAGGCCCAGCGAGUCCGGCUGAGAGCGCCUGCGCCAUGGGAGUGCAGGGGCUGUGGAAGCUGCUGGAGUGCUCUGGCCACCGGGUCAGCCCGGAGGCCCUGGAGGGCAAGGUGCUGGCCGUGGAUAUUAGCAUUUGGCUAAACCAAGCACUUAAAGGAGUCCGAGAUAGCCAUGGGAAUGUGAUAGAAAAUGCUCAUCUUCUCACAUUAUUCCACCGGCUCUGCAAACUCUUGUUUUUUCGUAUCCGCCCUAUUUUUGUAUUUGAUGGUGAUGCUCCACUGUUAAAGAAACAGACCUUGGCAAAGAGAAGGCAGAAGAAGGAUUCUGCAUUCAUUGACUCGAGAAAAACCACAGAGAAGCUUCUGAAAACCUUUCUAAAGAGACAGGCUCUGAGAACUGCCUUCAGAAGCACAAGAAAUGAAGUGCUACCCAGUCUUACUCAGGUUCAAAGAGAGGAUGACAUCUAUGUUUUGCCACCUUUACAAGAGGAAGAAAAACAUAGUUCAGAAGAGGAAGAUGAAAAGCAAUGGCAAGCAAGAAUGGACCAAAAGCAAGCUUUGCAGGAAGAAUUCUUUCAUAAUCCCCAUGCCAUAGAUAUUGAGUCUGAGGACUUCAGCAGCCUGCCUCCUGAAGUAAAGCAUGAGAUCUUGACUGACAUGAAAGAGUUUACCAAGCGAAGACGAACAUUGUUUGAAACAAUCCCAGAGGAGUCUAAUGACUUUUCACAGUAUCAGCUGAAAGGCUUGCUUAAGAAAAAUUACUUAAACCAGCACAUAGAAAAUGUCCAAAAGGAAAUGAACCAGCAACAUUCAGGACAAAUCCAGAGGCAAUAUGAAGAUGAGGGAGGCUUUCUGAAGGAAGUGGAGUCGAGGAGAGUGGUCUCUGAAGACACUUCACACUACAUCUUGAUAAAAGGUAUUCAAGGUAAGAAAGUCAUGGAUGUGGAUUCAGAAUCUCCUCCUUCUUACAGCAAAGUACACAGUAUGUCUUUCAACCUGAAGUCAUCGCCUCAUGAGAAAGUGAAGCCAAAAAAUGAGCCAGAGGCCACACCUCCUUCUCCAAGAACUUUACUGGCUAUUCAGGCAGCCAUGCUGGGAAGUAGCUCAGAAGAGGAGCUGGAGAGUGGAGAGGGAAGGCAGUCUAAGGAGAGGACCUCAUGGGCCACUGCAGAUGCAGGCACCAUGUCACCACAGACCAGUGCAGCUAUUCAGAAAGCUCUGGAUGAUGAUAAAGAUGAGAAAGUGUGUGCCACCAGUGGUAAUCUAGCAAUGAAAGUGCUUCUUGGAAAAGGUUUGGACCGGGAGCAUGUUGAUGAAAUGGAAGAAAGAGGUGGAGGCAUGCCAUUUGACACAGCACCUCUUUUACCCAGUGUGACUGAAGUAGAGGAGUGUGUAACUGGUGCCAGCACUGAAAAAGAACAGACAGCCUCAGCUCAUGCAUUUAGUAUUGCUUGUUGUCAAUAUGAUACUCCAAAAGAAGCAAUGUCUCUUGUUCAUGUGGUGGAUGAAGCAUCUCAGAUAAGUAGUGGAGGUGAGGGCGAGGGUAGGCCAACUGCCCUUCCAUGCACUUAUGCCGCUGGGGUCCUCAGUGAAGUGGAACUGAUCCUGGCACGUCCGAUAAGAACACAUUCUGAUCAGAGGGUAGAAAUACACCCUGAAGAGCCUAAGUUACAAAGUAGACUCUACCCACCCGAGAGCAAGAGUAAUUCCUCUCGUCUUUCAAGUGAAGAUGAAACAGAAGGUGGACAAAAUCCUGCUUCCAAAGCAUGUAGUACAGUUCAUGUCCCUUCAGAGGCAAUGGGUAACUUAGAAAAUGUGUUGUCUUCUAAUGCUGAAAAACAUGGAGAUUUCCAAAAAACCAUCCAGCUAUGGGAGAUGCCUGAGGCUGCUGCCACGGAGCUGAUUUCAGCCCCAAAGCUCACAGGAUCAAUGGAAUCGGAGUCUGAAGAAAGCGAGUCUGAUGGAAGUUUCAUUGAAGUGCAGAGUGUGGUCAGCAGUGGUGAACUUCAGACAGAGUCAUCAGAGGCUUCUAAACAUCUCUCUGAAAAAGAUGCAGAGGAACCAAGAGAAACUCUGGAGGAAGGAACCCCCCAGGACACAGAGUGCCUCCUACAGGACAGCUCUGACAUUGAGGCAAUGGAAGGACACAGAGAAGCUGUCAGCGAUGCUGAUGACUCACCCAACGAAUGGCAAAAUGUUAAUUUGGAGGAACUGGAUGCCCUGGAGAGUAACCUCUUAGCAGAACAGAAUUCACUGAAAGCUCAAAAACAGCAGCAAGAUCGGAUUGCUGCCUCUGUAACAGGCCAGAUGUUUCUAGAAAGCCAGGAGCUCCUGCGCCUGUUUGGCAUUCCCUACAUCCAGGCUCCCAUGGAGGCGGAAGCACAGUGUGCCAUUCUGGACCUCACUGAUCAGACUUCUGGAACCAUUACUGAUGAUAGUGAUAUCUGGCUGUUUGGGGCCCGGCAUGUCUAUAAGAACUUUUUUAACAAAAACAAGUUUAUAGAAUACUAUCAAUAUGUGGACUUUUAUAGCCAAUUAGGAUUGGACCGGAACAAAUUAAUCAACUUGGCUUAUCUACUGGGCAGUGAUUAUACGGAAGGGAUUCCAACUGUUGGCUGUGUAACAGCCAUGGAGAUUCUCAAUGAAUUCCCUGGACAAGGCCUGGACCCACUUUUAAAAUUCUCAGAGUGGUGGCACGAAGCUCAAAAUAACAGGAAGGCCGCAGAAAAUCCCUAUGACACCAAAGUGAAAAAAAAAUUACGGAAGUUGCAGCUGACACCUGGUUUUCCCAACCCCGCAGUUGCAGACGCUUACCUCAGGCCUGUGGUGGAUGACUCCAGGGGAUCGUUCUUGUGGGGCAAGCCUGAUGUUGACAAGAUUAGAGAAUUUUGUCAGAGGUAUUUUGGCUGGAACAGGAUGAAGACAGAUGAAUCCCUGUAUCCAGUACUAAAGAACCUGACUGUCCAGCAGACCCAGCUACGAAUUGAUUCCUUUUUUAGAUUAGCUCAGCAGGAAAAACAAGAUGCCAAACACAUAAAGAGCCAUAGACUGAGCAGAGCAGUGACAUGUAUGCUAAGGAAAAGAAAGGAAGAGGAAGUUCAUGAGCUUAAGAAAGCAACUGAGAACCUGGAUGAGGCAAAAGGAAAAACCCAGAAAAGAAGCCUACCAUAUACAAGAGAGACUUCAGUCCCCCAAAGAAGGAGGCCUUCAGGAAAUGGUGGGUUUCUAGGGGACCCUUACCUCUCAGAAUCACCCCAGGAGUCUUCAUGUGAGGAAGCAGAAAGUUCGUCUGUGAUGUGUGCACAACAGAGAAGAGCAGCUGAGUCAUCAAAAGUCAGCUGCUCAGAUUUGCCUGACUUAGUUAGAGGUCCUCCUCAGGGGAGGGAAAGCUGUUUGUCCACUAGUAGCUCCAGUGAGGAUGGUGAGGACAAAGCCAAGACUGUUCUAGUGACUGCUAGACCUGUAUUUGGGAAGAAAAAAAGGAAACCAAAGAGUAUGAGGAAAAGGAAAAAGAAAACCUAAUUAAAAAAGAAAAAAACUGGCUGGGCGGU